AUGUCGCUGCAGAGCGGCGUUCCCCAUGCCAGCAUUUUGCUUUCCACCAUUCGGGGUCCCAGAGGAGAUGCCCCGUGCCAUCUGGAGAAGGCCUUCGAGAUGCUGUCCAGGGGUGACGUUGUGGACAUCUACCAGCGGGAGUUUCUCGCCCUCCGAGACCGACUGCACGCAGCCGAACAGGAGAGCCUCAAGCGCUCAAAGGAGCUCAACCUGGUCCUGGAGGAGAUCAAGAGAGCGAUCUCGGAGAAGCAGGCCCUGCGGGAUAUAAACCGGACCUGGAGCAGCUUAUCUGACGAAACCAAGUUAAAACUGUGGAAUAUCACCAACAAGAAUGUGCUGCACCUUCCCACCAUCUUCCAUCAUUUGCCACAUUUGCUGUCAAAGGAGAACAGUCUGCAGCCAGCCGUGCAUGUGGGACAGGGGCGCACUGGAGUAUCCGUUGUGAUGGGAAUCCCCAGUGUGAAGCGGGAGGUGCAUUCCUACCUCACCGACACCCUCAACUCCCUCAUCUCAGAGCUCACUCAGCAGGAGAAGGAAGACUCCGUCAUCGUCGUCCUCAUUGCCGAGACAGAUCCGCAGUACACAGCUGGAGUGGCAGAAAAUAUCAAAAACUUAUUCCCAAAGGAAAUACACUCAGGUCUCCUGGAGGUAAUUUCCCCGUCUCCGCAUUUCUAUCCUGAUUUCUCCCACCUGCGGGAAUCCUUUGGGGACCCCAAGGAAAGAGUCAGGUGGAGGACGAAGCAGAACCUCGACUACUGCUUUUUAAUGAUGUAUGCCCAGUCCAAAGGCAUAUAUUACGUGCAGCUGGAGGACGAUAUUGUGGCCAAACCAAACUAUCUCAGCACGAUGAAGAACUUUGCCUUGCAGCAGCCCUCUGAGGAGUGGAUGAUCCUGGAGUUUUCUCAGCUGGGGUUUAUUGGUAAUAUGGUAAAACACUUGGACUUGUCUCUUUCUUUCGUGGAGUUCAUCCUAAUGUUCUAUAAGGACAAACCCAUUGACUGGCUGCUGGAUCACAUCCUUUGGGUGAAAGUCUGCAACCCUGAGAAAGAUGCAAAACACUGUGACAGGCAGAAGGCAAACUUGAGGAUCCGCUUCAAGCCCUCCCUCUUCCAGCAUGUGGGAACCCACUCCUCCUUGGCUGGGAAGAUACAGAAGCUGAAGGACAAGGACUUUGGCAAGCAGGCCCUGCGGAAAGAGCACGUCAACCCUCCUGCGGAGGUGAGCACCAGCCUGAAAACCUACCAGCACUUCACCUUGGAGAAGGCUUACCUGCGGGAGGACUUCUUCUGGGCCUUCACUCCCACCGCCGGAGACUUCAUCAGAUUCAGAUUCUUCAAACCACUCCGCAUUGAGAGGUUCUUCUUCCGCAGCGGGAACAUUGAGCACCCAGAAGACAAACUCUUCAAUACGACUGUGGAGGUUUUGCCGUUUGACAGCCUGCAGUCGGAUAAGGAAGCCUUGCAGGAGGGAAGAGGGACAGCUGUCAAAUACCGCAGGACGCCGGAUGGCUACAUCCAGAUAGGCUCCUUCUCCAAGGGCGUUGCGGAGGGUGAGGUGGACCCGUCCUUUGGGCCACUGGAGGCCAUCAGGCUGUCCAUCCAGACUGACUCCCCGGUGUGGAUCAUCUUGAGCGAGAUUUUUAUCAAAAAAGCAGAGUGACAUGGGUGUGAGGAAGGGUGGACGCGCGCAGGGAUCCCCGGCCCUGCUCCCUCCCCUCCUGCUCCCUCCUCCCCGCGGCGCCUCGCC